CAACUAUUUAAUGAGCUUACUACUAUUUUUCAUUUGGAUGUAUUUCCUUUCUCUUUACCUGUUCACACUUUGCUAAUUGCAUUACACUAUUCUCCACCCACUUUUUGUUGUUCUAAGCUUAUAAUAAAUAUUAAACAUCUUUUGGAGCUCGUAUACCAAGCACCAUAUCCUAUAUUAUAUACGCCAACAACAGGCACAAUAUAAAGCCAUCAUUAAUGAAGGGACUAUCGUCCACGUUUCUGGCAAUCACUUGCCUACUGGCCUUUGCGCGCCGCGCAGCUGGAAUUGCUUUGCCUGACUCAUCGGGUAGCUACAAAGAUGACGCCAUGCCGGGAGUCAAGGAAAACCUGGAAGACUGGAUAUACUCUGGACAAAUGCUAUCUGUGCCCCGAUCAUCCAUUGCCGCAACCUCGGUCGGCCACUUUGCGCUGUUUGCUGGCGGCCGGCUGCAGAACGAUUUGUACACAGACGUCGUUGAUAUAUUCAAUAAGCAGACAGGUAAGUGGACAGUAUCGCACCUGUCGUCCAGCAGAUCAUCGAUUGGAGCGGGCUCUGUCGCCGGAAGGUACGCCCUGUUUGCUGGAGGGCUCGAUGCAUCCUUCAGACCAAUGAGCGUGGUCGAUGUAUAUGAUACUAAGACUGGCAAGUGGUCAACCUUAAAUCUGCACACGCCCCGCAGCUCUCCAAAAAUCCUUGAUCUAGGCACUGUGUCUGCGAUCGUUGGUGGACUUUCUGGCGACCUUCAGUAUCUGAGCAGGUCGGUCGACUAUGUCGAUGCCAACCUGGCCAUUUCAAAUGAUACGCUUCAGAUCGAUUAUCCACAGUUCGGGGUUGCCAUUUCCGACAGCGCCAAUGGCCUGGGGCUGUUCACAUCUGGGUACCAGAAUAACCGCCCAGGUGAGCGGUUCAAUGACUUCCAGCCCUCGAACCAGACAACUGUUUUUAAGACUACUGACUCGGCAGUCAUUUAUACUGCUGACCAGACAUUUCCAUAUCCACGCUGGGGUGCCGGUGGUGCUGCAGUGAACAGGGUAUUUGCCAUCGGCGGCGGCCACCUGUUUGGCGACGGUUUGUCCGAGCCUCUGACAACCGUUAUCGAUCGGGUCGACAUUUACGAUGCGGGGGCUGGCGAAUGGAUCAGUACCGCACUCAAGCUGUCUGUGCCGCGUGACUACCCACUGGUCCAAGCCCUUGGUGACUACAUUGUGUUUGUUUCGGGCACUGACCAGAGCAAAGAGUUUGACAUUUUAGACACGCGCUCAUUAGCCUUUAUCGCAAACACCCACCACAAACCGUCACUUUACACCCUACGGUAUGAUGCCUCCGCAGUGACUGUGGACAAUUGCUUGCUUAUUGUUGCUGGCGGGCUGGUGUAUCAAGGGCGCAGUACAACAGGCUCUGUCGAGAUGUUUGACGCGUGCAUUCAUUGAUCUCUAUUCUCUUUUUAUUUUACCUAUUUACUUAAUAUUUCAUAUUGCCGUGAGCGUGACCGUGACCGUGGCCACUUGCCACGCCCUAUUAACAAUGUUUAUCUAUACUGAAGAAACGAAUAAGAC